AUGGCUACCUCCGACGCGCCCCUUACUGCCCUUUACGAGACCAUCGAAAAGACGUUACGCGAGUUUCUCAACGGUUACGAGGACGCCUCGAAGGAAAACGACGCGUCACGCAUCAACACAACCUUGACACCGGAUUGCAAACGCCACUUCAUGCCCCCCUCAUUCCUCCAGGCUAUGGGCGUCCCGACUGAUCUUGCUAUUGGGAAUGAGAUGUACGAAGCCAGGUUGGCCACCACCCUCCCGGUCUACAGCACGAAGAUGACGGAGAUCAACAAUGUUGUCAUCGACGUGCGGAAGAAGACAGCUGCCGCUACAACGAUCCUCGACAGCGAAUUCAUCGAUGGGGAGUCCACAAAGCUGUACUUUGCAUGGUUUAUGCAGUUCACCGAGGACGGGUCACAAAUAAAGGAUGUUUGGGAGUACGCCGACAGCGUGGUACAACCCGGAAUCUCAGCCAAGUGUCAGAAGCUCUUUGAAGAGCAGAAGGCCAAGGAGUGA